UCCCCUUUACUUUGCGCCGCACCAUAUCUCUCGUCACUCUUCCGGAAGAUGCACGCCGUCAUGCGCCAGCCGCUAUCCGUCGCAGGCCACAUGCACGCAAGCCCCAGCAGACAGUCACCUUCUGCCUACCUAGUUCGGCUCCAGAUGCCGGCCGAUAACAUGCAGCGCCGCAGCCUGCCUGACAUACGCAGCCCGGGAGGGUCAACGAUGAGGACAGAGUACGCGUGCCGGCGCUGCAGAGCGCGUAUAGCCCACAGGUCCAGUGUGCUCUCAUGGGACUUCCGAGGCGAUACCGGCAAAGCCGCACUCUUCACCGAAGCAGACAACGUCGUGCUCGCCAAAACGUCCGUGAUGCUCAUGCACUCGGGUGCCUACCGCAUCCAGAAGGCUGCCUGUGCUGUGUGUGCCGGACCGCUCGGCUGGAAGUUCGUGCGCGCGACCGAGCAGACCGAGAAGUGGAAGGAGGGCUUCAUCGUGCUCGAGCUGGCGCUGCUCGACGAGGAGGCGUUUCCGCUUACGCUCCGAGAGGAGGUGUACACUCCGAUGGCAUCGCGGGACUGGCUGUUUGCGAGGGCGCCGUCCGAGGACGAGCAUCAACGGCCGUCGUCGAGCCUGUCGACGUACGAUAGGCAGCGCCCGGUGGGCCCGCGGCACAGGCGCAAUUCGUGA